CUAAUUGACAUGCAAACUGAGUUUUUCAUUUAAAUAGAAAAUAUUAACUUGAAAUUUGCCUACACGACGUUUCAUUUGUUGUUUCUAAUCACUGCACGUUCAUAGCUACUAAAAACGAUCGGCAAUGUGUUCCAGUGCAAGCGUACAACAACUAUUUAUGUGAUUGACUUUUCUGCCGAAACGCAACACAUCCAAAACAGGCGUUGACGAUUCAUGUGAAGACAACAAAAAUUAUUUUCUCAAUCUCAAAUAGUGGCGUUAUCUAUAUAUUAUCUGGAGCUUAUUGUAAAGAUAGCGACUUUAUUUUCAGUGGGGUGCAAUUCAUUUACCAUUUCUUUGAUUCUGUGUAUAUCCGCACUUGCAUUAUGCAACGCAUAGCUGUCAUUGGUGGCACCGGCAUGACCGGUCAAUGUGUCGUCGAUUACGCUUUGCAAAAAGGGUUAAAGGUUCGUGUUUUGUAUCGGAGUGAAACGACGUUACCAGAACAUUUUAAAGACAAAGUCGAAUUAAUUAAAGGCAACGUUCUCAAUUUAGAAGAUUGUAAAAAAGCUAUCGAUGGAGUCGACGGAGUUUGUAUCAUUUUGGGCACACGAAAUAAGUUAGAGGCCACUACAGAGUUGUCAACUGGCACGGAAAACUUGAUUACUGCUAUGAAAGAUAAGAAUGUACGUCGGUUUUCCAUCGUUAUGUCAUCAUUCUUAUUCCGUCCGCUUGCUGAAGUACCUGGGGUGUUCCAUAAAUUAAAUGAGGAACAUAAGCGAAUGCUGGAUUUGACAAAAGCUUCUGGCUUGGAUUACGUAGCUGUAUUGCCACCGCAUAUUGCCGACGAGGCACCAACCGAUUAUACAGUGCUGCAUGAUGAAGCACCAGGGCGUGCAAUCUCUAAAUAUGACUUAGCAAAAUUCAUAGUGGACUCUUUGGAACAAGAAGAGCAUAUUGGCAAAGUUUGUGGUAUAGCCAAAAAAGUAGCACAGUAGAAGAGAACACAAACAAUUUCGCAUCCUAAAGUAGUUUUGUAAUGACGGUAAUAAAGUGCCUAUUUGCAAAACAUCGUUUGCACAAAUUCUGUUUAUAUAAAUAUAUCUAACAUGCUUGCACAUAUAUUUAGCUGCAACUCAUUUUCGAUAUUGAAUUAAAUGUACAUAUUAGUAUGCUUAAUGCGAAAUACAAAUGAAUAAAUUACAUUAAACUUUAAA